AUGGAAGGAGAGGAAAAAUCAAAAGAGAUGAAAAUAUCCGGUGAUGGAUUGGAUAGGGAUAGUCAUGAAGUGAUAGAUAGUGUUGGAAAACAAUUAGAUGAGAGUAAUCAGAAGGAAACUAUAAAUGCUGGUAGUGGCAUUGGGGGUGAGCAGGAAGAUGAAAGGGUAAGCUUACAAGGACAUGAGAUUGAUUCUGUGAAUACAGUUACGAACGACCAGUAUGAGCAAGUAUCCUUGAAUGAUCAAGAGAAGAGUAAUGAGUAUGAUGAGUUAAACCAUUCUUUAGAUUCAGAUAAUGUACAACAACCUAUUGGUGGAAAUGCAGAGGAACAGCAUUCAUCUGGGAUGUACUCGCCAGUUGCGGCAAUGCAACAUGAUCAUAUUUCUUACAGCCCUAGGUCAGGGGGACAUUUUGUUAAUACAAACAAGCAGUCUGCUUCUUCAAUUGGUUUUGGUUCACCUGGUUUUUCUCCUCUUUGUUCUUCACCAAAACCUAAGCAAAAAAAUGCUAUGCCAAAUACUUCAGCAGAAUUGCUGCAUUUAGUUGAUUCUGCAAUCAUGGGAAAACCUGAAGGUAUGGAGAAACUGAAGAAUAUUGCUAGUGGUGUAGAAAUUUUGGGGAGUGGUGAAGAAAUGGAAAGCGUGUCUUUCUUAAUUGUAGACUCGCUUCUUGCAACCAUGGGUGGUGUUGAAUGUUUUGCAGAGGAUGGAGAUAACAAUCCUCCUAGUGUAAUGCUAAAUUCCCGUGCCGCGAUUGUAGCAGGUGAACUUAUUCCUUGGCUUCCUUAUGUAGGUGAUUCUGACACUGUCAUGUCUCCUAGGACACGAAUGGUAAGGGGACUACUUGCCAUAUUACGGGCUUGUACAAGAAACAGGGCAAUGUGCUCAAUGGCUGGUCUGUUAGGCGUACUGUUAAAAACAGCAGACAAGAUUUUUACUGUGGAUGUGGGUUUAAAUGGGCAAAUAAGGUGGGAUGGAACUCCUUUAUGCCGAUGCAUACAAUACUUGGCUGGGCAUUCUCUUAGUGUUAGUGAUCUUCGUAGAUGGUUUCAAGUCAUUACAAGAACGCUUACCACAAUCUGGGCUUCACGCUUAAUGCUUGCAAUGGAGAAAGCAAUAAAUGAAAAGGAUUCAAGAGGGCCAGCUUGCACUUUUGAGUUUGAUGGGGAAAGUUCGGGUUUGCUUGGUCCAGGUGAGAGUCGCUGGCCAUUUACUGACGGGUAUGCAUUUGCAACUUGGAUCUACAUUGAAUCGUUUACUGAUGCAUUAAGUACAGCUACAGUUGCUGCUGCAAUUGCUGCAGCGGCAUCAGCCAAGUCAGGUAAGUCAUCUGCCGUGUCAGCUGCAGCAGCAGCUAGUGCACUUGCUGGGGAAGGUACUGCACACAUGCCACGGUUAUUCAGUUUUUUAUCUUCCGAUAAUCUGGGUAUAGAGGCUUAUUUUCACGCUCAAUUUUUGGUUGUUGAAAUUGGUAGUGGAAAGGGUAAAAGAUCUGCGUUGCAUUUUACUUAUGCAUUCAAACCACAGUGUUGGUACUUCAUUGGUCUUGAGCAUGUGAGCAAUCACGGAGUUACGGGGAAAGCAGAAAAUGAAGUUAGGUUAUACGUAGAUGGAUCUCUAUAUGAAAGUCGUCCUUUUGAGUUCCCUAAAAUUUUCAAACCCCUUGCAUUUUGCUGCAUAGGAACUAACCCUCCUCCUACUAUGGCUGGAUUGCAACGCCGUCGUCGUCAGUGCCCUUUGUUUGCUGAAAUGGGCCCUGUUUACAUCUUCAAGGAACCAAUUGGUGAAGAAAGGAUGAGACGUUUGGCUUCUAGAGGAGGCGAUAUAGUGCCUUCUUUUGGCAAUGCAGCUGGGCUACCAUGGCUUGCUACAAAUGCCCAAAUGCAGCACAAGGCAGAGGAAAGUGCUCUAUUAGAUGCAGAAAUUGGAGGUUUCAUACACCUACUCUAUCAUCCUAGUUUGCUUAGUGGGCGUUUCUGUCCAGACGCUUCACCUUCUGGUGCCGCAGGAAUGCUUCGACGUCCUGCUGAGGUUCUUGGGCAAGUCCAUGUUGCUACACGAGUACGACCUGUGGAUGCCUUGUGGGCUGUGGCUUAUGGUGGCCCAUUGUCUUUGCUUCCCUUAGCAAUAAGUAAUAUACAAGAAGAUACUCUUGAACCACAUCAAGGGAAUUUUUCUGUGUCAGUAGCGACUACAUCUCUUGCUGCUCCGAUAUUCCGAAUUAUAUCCACGGCUAUUCAAUAUUCGAGGAACAGUGAUGAGUUGAGUCGUUGCAGAGGACCUGCAGUUCUUUCAAAGGUUCUAAAUUAUCUUCUCCAAACCCUAUCUUCACUUGGUAUUGGAAGAGAUGACGGCGUAGGUGAUGAAGAACUUGUUGCAGCAGUUGUCUCACUUUGUCUAUCUCAGAAGAUCAACCACACACUGAAAGUGCAGCUCUUCACCACACUGCUGCUUGAUAUAAAAAUUUGGAGUUUAUGCAAUUAUGGAAUACAGAAGAAGCUUCUAUCAUCACUCGCAGACAUGGUUUUCACCAAAUCUUCAGUGAUGCGAGAUGCCAAUGCCAUUCAAAUGCUUCUUGAUAGCUGCAGAAGAUGCUACUGGACUGUUCCUGAAAAGGAUUCAGUAGCUGGAGCAACAAGACCAGUGGGUGAAGUCAAUGCUUUGGUUGAUGAGCUCUUGGUAGUGAUUGAGCUUCUAAUAGUAGCAGCAUCUCCUUCAUUGGUCUCUGAAGAUGUUCGAUGUUUACUUGGGUUCUUGGUUGACUGUCCACAACCUGGUCAGAUUUCUAGGGUACUGCAUCUCUUCUACAGGUUGGUUGUUCAUCCAAACACAUCUAAAGCUCAAACAUUUGUAGAAGCAUUCCUAGCAUGUGGCGGGAUAGAAACUCUUCUCGUUCUUCUCCAAAGGGAGGCUAAAGCAGGAGAAAUUGUUGUCCAGGAAUCUGUUUCAAAAUUUUGUGGACUUAAAAAAAAUGAAACUGAUGCUAGCUUUGGGAUCAUGAAAACAUGCCACGAUGAUGAAGGGUCAGAUUUAAAAAGUGAAGCCAUUCUACAAGACAAUGAUCAAGGUUCCGAAUCUGUUGACAGUGGCAGCAACCUUGAUCCUGGUUCUCCUGAUCUGACUAUUGAAAGAACGACAUCCAACUCUGAAAUUCCCCAUAUUAGGAAUUUGGGAGGCAUUAGUCUUUCCAUCAGUGCUGACAGUGCUAGAAAAAAUGUUUAUAAUGUUGAUAAAAGUGAUGGCAUAGUUGUCGGGAUCAUUGGUCUCUUAGGCGCUUUAGUAGUUUCUGGGCAUUUGAAGUUUGACUCUCAUGCUGUUCCCGAAACAACAAGCAACCUUAUGGGUGUUGGAUUGAAUGAUGGAGGUGGUACAAUGUUUGAUGAUAAGGUUUCUCUUCUUCUUUUUUCCUUACAAAAGGCUUUCCAAGCUGCACCCAACAGGCUAAUGACUGACAAUGCUUAUACGGCUUUAUUGUCUGCUUCGAUAAAUGCUUCAUCAAGAGAGAAUGGGAUGGACUUCCAUGAUUCAGGUCAUCGCUUUGAGCAUUCACAAUUUUUAUUGGUGCUUUUGCAUUCCCUUCCAUUUGCACCCAGGCCUCUUCAGAGUAGAGCAUUACAGGAUCUUCUAUUUUUGACUUGCAGUCAUCCAGAAAACAGAGGCAGACUAACAAAUAUGGAAGAAUGGCCUGAAUGGAUUCUUGAGAUUAUGAUUUCAAACUAUGAGUUGGGUCCAAGCAAACCAUCUGACACGACAAGCCUAGGAGACAUAGAGGACCUUUUACAUAACUUCCUUAUCAACAUUCUAGAGCAUUCAAUGCGUAAAAAGGAUGGAUGGAAGGAUAUUGAAGCAACAAUUCAUUGUGCAGACUGGCUCUCGAUUAUUGGUGGAUCUAGCACAGGAGAACAGCGAAUUAGACGUGAAGAAUCAUUACCUAUAUUUAAGAGAAGACUCUUAGGUGGCUUGAUGGACUUCGCAGCCAGAGAGUUGCAGGCUCAGACACAAGUUAUUGCUGUGGCAGCUGCUGGUGUUGCAGCCGAGGGUUUGUCUGCAGACGAUGCUAAGGCAGAGGCAGAGAAUGCUGCUCAACUGUCUGUGGCCUUAGUAGAAAAUGCUAUUGUGAUACUUAUGCUUGUUGAGGAUCAUUUACGGUUCCAGAGCAAACAAUCCUCUUCUUUGCGUGCAGCAGAUGGCUCUCCAUCUCCUCUUUCUCUCUUUUAUCCAGUCAAUAAUAACUCAACAACCAUAAUCAGAGAAUCUACAGAAGUUAUGGGUGAUCGUACAUCAUCAUCUAGAAAUUCUGGGGGCACCUCAACUAGAAAUUCUGGGGGAAUCUCUCUCGAUGUCCUUUCUUCAAUGGCUGAUGCAUAUGGUCAGAUCUCUACUUCAGUUAUGGAAAGGCUUGCUGCAGCUGCUGCAGCUGAGCCUUAUGAGUCCGUUUCUUGUGCUUUUGUAUCAUAUGGGUCUUGUGCUAAGGAUUUAGCUAAUGGAUGGAAAUUUAGGAGCCGUUUAUGGUAUGGUGUUGGCCUUCCUUCAAAUAUAGCUUCAUUUGGUGGUGGUGGGAGUGGAUGGAAUGUUUGGAAGUCUUCUUUGGAGAAAGAUGCCAGUGGCAACUGGAUUGAGCUUUCUUUGGUGAGGAAGUCUGUGGCAAUGCUCCAAACAUUGUUGCUAGAUGAUUCUGGGCUUGGUGGGGGUCUUGGCAUAGGUAGAGGGUCAGGUACCGGAAUGGGUGCAAUGGGUGCUUUAUACCAGUUAUUAGACAGUGACCAACCAUUCUUGUGCAUGCUUCGGAUGGUUCUUCUAUCAAUGAGGGAAGAGGAUGGUGUGCUGAUCACGACUAUGAAUAUUGAGGAUGCGAUAUCUGAAGGAGAGAAACCAUGCUCGGCACUUUUGUGGAGUGUUCUAUCACCUGUUCUGAACAUGCCAGUUUCUGAUUCUAAGAGACAACGGGUCUUGGCAGCAUCGUGUGUGCUGUAUUCCGAGGUAUACCAUGCUGUUAGCAUCGACCAAAAGCCUCUUCGUAAAAAGUACCUUGAGGCUAUUUUACCAGCAUUUGCUGCUGUCUUAAGAAAGUGGCGACCCCUUUUGGCGGGAAUUCAUGAACUUGCAACAGCUGAUGGUUUCAACCCUCUUAAUGUGGAUGAUAAUGUACUGGCAGCUGAGACCCUGCCAAUUGAGGCUGCUCUUGCUAUGAUAUCUCCUGCAUGGGCUGCUGCUUUUGCAUCUCCACCUGCUGCAAUGGCAUUGGCUAUGAUUGCAGCUGGUACUUCGAGUGCUGAAAGUAACGCACCUUCAACAAGUGUCCAGCUUAGGCGUGAUACCUCAUUAAUGGAACGCAAACAGGCUAGGCUUCAUACAUUUUCAAGCUUUCAAAAACCUUUAGAAGUCCCCAGUAAAACACCACCCAUACCAAAGAACAAAGCUGCAACAAAAGCAGCGGCAUUUGCAGCUGCUCGUGAUCGACAACGGUUUUCAAGGAUUGGUUCUGGAAGAGGCCUUAGUGCUGUUGCAAUGGCUACAUCGGCACAGAGAAGGAAUGAGAGUGAUAUGGAGCGAGUUAAGAGGUGGACUAUUACUGAAGCUAUGGAAGUUGCAUGGACAGAGUGUUUGCAGCCAGUUGAUACAAAGUCGGUAUAUGAGAAGGAUUUUAAUGCACUUUCUUAUAAAUUUAUUGCUGUUCUUGUUGCCAGUUUCGCCUCAGCAAGGAAUAUACAACGGGCUGAGGUUGACAGGCGAGCCCAUGUAGAUUUAUUAACUCGGCGUCGAAUCAGUACUGGAAUUCGUGCAUGGUGCAAACUUAUUCACCAGUUAAUUGAGAUGAGAAGUCUUUUUGGGCAUUUCGCAGAUCAUUUAUACAGCCCGCUCCGUGUUUUCUGGAAGCUAGACUUUAUGGAAAGUUCUUCUCGGAUGAGAAGAUAUAUGAAGAGGAAUUACCGAGGAUCUGAUCAUUUAGGUUGCGCAGCUAAUUAUGAGGAUUAUUCAGGAGAUACGAAUUAUCAGAGGACUCCAGUUUUGUCUGCAGAUGCAAUCUCAAUAGAGGCUAUAAAUAAAGACGAAGAACGGGUGGAAACUGAGAAUUUGGAUACUAAGGUCAAUAAUAUUGCAGAGAAUCAGCCUAGAUUUUCUGAAUCCGCAGACAAGACAGUGCAAAUAUCUUUAGAAUCCAAUGGUACUCAGCUUCAAAGUCAUAAAGGUGAUAUUCAGAGUUCUUCAGCCUUUGCACCUGGGCGUGUUCCGAGUGAGCACGAUGAAAGAAUUGUUCUCGAGCUACCAUCAUCAAUGGUCCAGCCACUUCGGGUUUUACAGGGAACUUUCCAAGUAACCAGUAGGAGGAUAAAUUUUAUAGUUGAUAACAAUGAGACUAGCCCUCCUUUGGAUGGUUCGAAUUUCAAUUCUGCAGUUUGGGACCAAGGAAAGGAUCGCAGCUGGUUGAUGUCAUCUCUUCAUCAAGUUUAUAGCCGAAGAUAUCUUCUUAGAAGAAGUGCACUGGAGCUAUUUAUGGUGGACCGUUUGAACUUCUUCUUUGACUUUGGGAGUAGUGAAGGGCGGAGAAAUGCAUAUCGAGCAAUCGUUCAUGCACGGCCUCCUCAUUUAAACAAUAUAUAUUUAGCAACACAGAAACCUGAACAACUUUUAAAAAGAACUCAGCUUAUGGAGAGGUGGGCUAGGUGGGAGAUCAGUAAUUUUGAGUAUUUAAUGCAACUCAAUACACUGGCUGGGCGUAGUUAUAAUGAUAUAACACAGUAUCCAGUUUUCCCUUGGAUUCUUUCUGAUUACACUUCAGAGAGCUUGGAUCUUUCUAACCCUUCUUCGUACCGGGAUCUUUCAAAGCCGGUUGGUGCAUUAAGCCCAGAUCGUCUGAAAACGUUUCAAGAGAGAUACACUAGCUUUGAUGAUCCUAUCAUCCCCAAAUUCCAUUAUGGGUCACACUACUCAAGUGCAGGAACAGUAUUGUAUUAUCUUGUUAGGGUUGAGCCAUUCACUACCCUAUCAAUCAAACUACAAGGUGGAAAAUUUGAUCAUGCAGAUCGGAUGUUUUCUGACAUUUCUGCUACUUGGAAUGGAGUUCUUGAAGACAUGAGUGAUGUUAAGGAAUUGGUUCCAGAGUUAUUUUAUCUCCCUGAGGUCCUCACAAAUGAAAACUCAAUUGAUUUUGGGACAACACAGUUGGGAGAAAAGCUUGAUACUGUAAGACUUCCUGCUUGGGCUGAGAAUCCAGUUGAUUUUGUGCAUAAGCAUAGGAUGGCUCUGGAAAGUGAGUAUGUGUCUGCUCAUUUGCAUGAGUGGAUUGACCUCAUAUUUGGGUAUAAGCAACAGGGCAUAGAGGCUAUUGCAGCAAAUAAUGUUUUCUUUUAUAUUACUUAUGAAGGGACAGUGGAUAUUGAUAAAAUUUCAGACCCGGCACAACAGCGGGCUACACAAGAUCAGAUUGCUUAUUUUGGACAAACACCAUCUCAACUUCUGAAAGUUCCUCACUUAAAGAAGAUGCCUGUAACUGAAGUUCUGCAUUUGCAGACAAUAUUCCGCAACCCAAAAGUAAUCCAACCAUAUGUUGUUCCAUCUCCUGAAAUCUGCAACCUACCUGCGGCUGCCAUUCAAGCGUCUUCAGAUAUGAUAGUGGUUGUUGAUUGGAGUGCACCAGCAGCUCAUGUUGCAAAACACAAGUGGCAACCCAAUACACCUGAUGGCCAUGGUACUCCAUUCCUCUUUCAACAUGGAAAAGCUGCAACCGGCUCUGGUAGCGGAACACUAAGACGCAUGUUCAAAGGGCCUUCAGGGUCUGGUGAAGAGUGGCAAUAUCCUCAAGCAUUGGCAUUUGGUGUUUCCGGUAUUAGAAGCCAAGCUAUCAUCUCAAUAACUUGUGACCAAGAAAUUAUUACUGGUGGGCAUGCUGAUAAUAGUAUUAGGGUGAUAUCUUCUGAUGGAGCCAAAACCUUGGAAACAGCCAAUGCGCACUGUGCUCCAGUAACUUGCCUUGGCCUUUCAUCUGAUAGUAAGUACCUGGUGUCAGGAUCCCGAGAUACAACAAUAUUACUCUGGAGAAUACAUAAAUCACUUGCAUCUCACUCAAGUGGCAUAUCUGAAUCUCCGUCAUCCAGCAGUAACUCUUCAUCUCAUUUUAUAGAAAAGAAUCGUAGACAUCGUCAUAUUGAGGGUCCAUUACAGGUACUUCAGGGGCACCAAAGUGAAAUACUCAGUUGUUGUGUUUGCUCAGAUCUUGGAAUAGUGGUUUCUUGCUCCGACACAUCAGAUGUUCUUGUGCACUCUAUAAGAACGGGGCGUUUAGUUCGAAGGCUGGAUGGUGUGGUAGCCCAUACUGUUUGCCUUUCCUCUGAAGGGAUUAUCAUGACUUGGAAUGAGUUGCAGCAAGCUCUCAGUACCUUUACUCUUAAUGGUGUUCUAAUUGCUAAAACAGAAUUAUCUUUCUCUACCAGCAUUAGUUGCAUGGAAAUUUCUCAUGAUGGGAAGAAUGCUUUGAUUGGAAUCAAUGGUGGGGCUGAUGGUGGGAAUUUGCAGUCAAGUAAGUCAACUGCUGUUGGUUUUCAUUCAGAACAAGAAGAUACUCAGGAAAGCAACAGCAUAAAUGUUCCAACACCAGCAAUUUGCUUCCUGGAUUUGCACACUCUGGAGGUUUUCCAUGUAUUGAAACUGAAAAAAGGACAAGAUAUUACAGCUCUUGCUCUAAAUAAGGAUAACACAAAUCUUUUGGUUUCAACUUCAGAUAAAAAAUUGAUUAUCUUCACUGAUCCAGCUUUAAGCUUGAAAGUGGUGGAUCAAAUGCUUAAACUUGGUUGGUAA